AUGGACAUCCAGAAAAUUCGCGGCUUUGGCGAUGCCAGAUCAAUCAAACCUGGUGAUCCCUUUUACAACCUCCUGGCACCCCUCCUAGAGUAUUUCACUGUCGCGUAUGAGCUGGUACAAGCGACAGAUACCGUAGACCGCAAUCUCUUGGUGGGGAUAUUUACCGGGAGCCGACCAGGAUAUUUCCGCCUCUUUAUGAGGCCUGAAACCUUACCCCGUUACACUACCAUUGGACGGUGUAUAUUCUUGUUCUCUCUCCGUGCACAUGCCUCGCCGGAGAUAUACAACCUCAAACUACCAGAGUGCAUCAGAGACAUUCUCGACGAGCUCGUUGUACUCUCCUCUGCCAGUAGCGGGGAUGCACUCUUCCAUCGCAAGGCACACAACGUCAUCCACGGGUUUUUCCUUAGGCUAUGGACGCAGCCAUGGUCAUCCCUCGAUGAUUCAGGGCCAGCAGACCAGGCUGCCAAUGUUCGUGGCGAAGCACCGGAGGAAGUGCAAGUAGCGGCAGCCACACUUGGUGAACUCAUCCUGGCAGGUCAGCGACGGAGUCAGAAGCAAAUUAAAGGGAAGGGUAGGAAGCUGGGGAAGGUGCAUGGCAGGUCAGGCAGUGGCGAUAGUGACAGUGAGGAUGGGGAAGAUAGCAUGGUGGCAGGCGAGGAUGACAAUGAUGCGGUUGACGGAGAGGAGCCCUUUCUGAUGGAAGAUGGGCGAUAUGGUGGCUCUUUUGUCACUUUGGCGGAUCCUAGCAUCCAAGUCAUCGCUAUAUCAUGUCUGGAGGACGACAUGGGCGCGUUUGGGCAUGUUUUCUCCACAACGGGGAAGUUUGUACAGACUCUAUUUCUGCUGCGUCUGACAGUGCUAUAUGAGGCACACAGGAGGAAGCAGCAUAAAGGAGGGACACUUCGCGAUCAUCUGAGGAUAUUCGAUACAUGGCUGUCUGCGGAGGGUGUCGGGACGUAUGGAUCGCUCAAGCGCGCGCUUCGCUAUCUGGCGUGGGUGUCAUUUAGAUCUGUGCGAGAGCGCGAUAUCCAUUGGGCUGUUCAAGGGGAGGUCCUCAACUACAAAGGCACCCUCAUCCCUCACAUCAAGUGGUGUCGCCUGGUGCACAUACUACAAGAUACCAUUGCAGACCUCCUUCCCAGUGUCUUUCUUGGAACCCCGUAUACGGACCUUGACAGUCGGAGACAUGCCGGCGAAUCCCAGCCGUCACCUGGCUACGAUCGUCUGGUACACUCUGAUGAUCGGGAUAGGGAAGGGUCCAAAUGCGCCCUUGCACAACACAUCAUGAACAACGGUGCACUGGCUCUGCGCUUUGCCACAGACAACAACUGGGAUAAGGACGAGAUCCGGAGCUGGUUUACUCAUCUUGCGCGGCUGAGAACCCUCAUAGGAGUCUCCCUUUUUGUCAAUACAGUGGUGACACCACUACGUGGUACCCACCUUUUGGACAUGCGGGUGGUGGAUUCCGCAACCAAAAGCUGUAUUCAGAUUGAUUCGGUUUCAGGUGCCGUCCUGAUCCGUAGCAUCAGCCGAGGGACCCAGAAUCAGACAGAUCUUGGCGGGAAGGGGACAUACAUUACCAAUCCCUUUGUGGGAUCCGUCAUAGUGCAAGUUGAACUCCUUGCACGCCCACUCGCCAUUUUCUUUGGUCAGAUACUGUUUGGACUCGAACACCCGGUAUACGACCUUCAUCGCACCGCGAUGUUUGUACAUGUCGACCGCCACAUCACGACCAAGGACUUCAGUCGGGAGCUGAUAUCCUUGACCAAGGGGCUCCUCGGCAUAGGAAUUGGGAUCGAAAGACUCUGUCACAUCAAGAGCAGUUGGAUGCAACGGACCGCAGCUCUUCGACAACAUGAUCACCUAGGAUGCAGUACCGGUGCAGUUCUUACUGGUCACACAGAUAGGAUUCGAGAGACAACAUAUGGAGCCAUGUUGACCCUCAGGACUGACGUGCUGGAGGCCACCCGGGAUUGGCAAGAUGAUAUUGGGAUCAAAAGCGGUUAUGGCAUUGCAACUCCAGAUCUCUGGCGGCGUGACCCUUCGUGGGUUCCCUGUACUCUAGGUAGUGCAGAGUCUUAUGAUAGGAAGAUCCAGGAUGUCCUUAAGAGGGUGGAGGAACUUAAGAAGGUGAAGGGGCUGAAGGGCGAAACAUCAGCAUGCGAGGAAUACAACCCAUUGGCCUGCGAGCGCAUGAUCCUGAAACGUAAGGCAGCAGAUCCUGACACGGCCCCGCGCACAGGCAAAAAGAAGAAGGUCAACUGA